AUGAAGACAUCAGAGAUCUGGACCUUUUUCGCGGCGAAGGCGGAAGAUCGGGCGAGAAUUGAAGACCUGUUAAGGGAAAUCCUUCAAUCAAGGCCGCUCUACACUGAUCGGAAGAUAACCGCGGCUAUAGCUCAGGAAAUUCAAGAGGACAUUGACAAUUGUAUCGACCGCAUGCCACAAUGCAUCAAGGCCAAGUAUGAGGAUGAUUAUUCAGAUACAGUUCUGAAACUCUACGCUCUUGCUAUUGGUAUCAAGACAGCCAUGAAAAAAAAACGGAGAACACCCGCCCCAGCCAGUGGUCGAACUCCCCAGGUUCCACAGCGUUCAUCGGAGCCAGCAGUGUCGCCGACACCUUCGCAAGCAACUCAACCACAGAUGCUCACCCAUUUUAGUGACCGUCCCGUCCUUAUCAAGUUCAUCAAGGACGGGGAAUCGAAGGUACAAGCCUUUGUGCUCAGUCAGUUCGCCACACCGGACGCCUUACGAUCCAGAACAUACAUAGACCAGACAGAGCUUAAAUGGGACAUAUUUACGACUGUCAUCGGAAGGGGUUGCGGUUGGACACAGGACACUCACAGUAUCUCAUGCGAGGUCACGGUCGGUGGCUCUCAACUCGAAGUCACUGUAACCGAUGAACCGACUUGGAUCGGAGCUCUAGCGAACAUGGUGCCUGGUCCCAUAAUAUUCAACAUCAAACCCAGUGUUGAUGGUCCCACGGCCAACCGUUUUCAAAGCCCACCGGAUUGGAUGCUCCCACCUAUAGGCUCGCCGCCUCGGAAGCGGCAGCGUGCCACAGAGAGUAACGCUGACGAUGAUAUUCCGGGACGGAAACGUGCCAGGAUCAAACGUGCUGGGCGCAGAGACCCCCCCGCGGAAGACGAUGAUGGAGACGAGGAGGGAGACAAGGAGGGAGACGAGGAGGAAGACGAGGAGGAAGACGAGGAGGAAGACGAGGAGCCCGAACAAGAAAAGACACCUGAAAAGGAAACGGAAAAGAAACAGGAUAGAGAGCCAGACAGGUCCGCAAGUCCUGGUUCCAAUGGCAAACCCAAUGAGACCGUUGAGCAACCAAAAGAGGUUGUGGUUAUUGAUGAUUCCAAUGAUAAUGGUGGCGGUCAAGAUAAUGGAACAGACAUCGGCGCUGGCCGCCGGGACUCCCCGAAUCCGCCCCGAGUCAACGCAGGGGUGACGGAGCCCGCUAAUGAUGACGGUUUGGAUGAUGAUGAUGUCGCUGGAAUUGCAGCCCCAAUACAGGAGGAGUCAACUGAUGAAUUACACCGCUUCCAGAUCUCGUUUACUCUCGACCGGCUUGAUAAAAAGACCUGGGCGGACUGCCAGAAGUUCUAUAAGCUUGAAGACACCUUCGGGGAAGACCCUGAAGAUAAAAUCCGCAUACUUGGCCUGCGUCGUCCACUAAACCCUCACCAGGCCUUCGCGGUAUACUGGAUGCUGACUACCGAGAAACCCCUGAAUGGAGGAUAUCUCGCAGACGACAUGGGCUUAGGCAAGACCCGGACCACCAUUGCACUUUGUGUGGUUAGCCGCUGGGUGCAUGUAGCCACGCAGGCUGUGGAGAACUCACGGGCUGCUGCUGACGGUAAACAUCUCUUACUUGACAAUCAAGGGCCCAAUGAUGAGUGCCCAAGCGCUGCAGAUUUCCCCAUAUGCUGCCCAUGCGUGCGGGCGGGCCCUACUGCCCAAUACAUGUCAAUCCGCGAUGGCUUGAAUUUGGUUGUCGUCCCUAAGCGCCUCAUUCCAGUGUGGGUGAAGGAGUGGAAUGACACAGUCGAACCGCACCCUUUGCUGCGUAUGACGCUGCUGCUCGGGCACGGUACUUCGAUCAAGGGCAUCGACCCCGUCAAGGGUUUUCCGGACAAGAAGAAGCUCAUGAUCGCUGAGGUCAAUCAGUGGGUUCGUGCACGUGCGUGCAUGGAGAGUUUGGACAAGAGUCUACAUACGGAGGAAAAUCGAGCGGAUGUUAUUGCUUCCCAGCGCGACAAGGGUACCAUUCCCAAAAGUGCAGGCCGGUUUGUGAUCCUCUCGACUCCCGGAAGUGUUGAAACACAAGUGCUGGACGCCUUGACCGUGGAGGGAUGGACCCCCCUCCCUGCAACUGGCUUGGGUUCACGCUCCAAGCCGGGGAAAGUCAGUGUGCUCGGCGCGCGAUUCGCGCGGACAAUCCGGGAUGAGUGCCAUGAGGAGAAGGGUGAAGGAAGAACUGUUACUGUCCUUCGGCGUUUGUGCAGGCCGGCUAUGCCGGCUAUAUGGCUGUUAAGUGGCACGCCGUUUGAGACGUCGCCCAACGACAUAGCCUCCUACAUCGGUUUACUGGAGAGACCUCAGUGGGCGGAGCACCUGACGCUGCGAUACUGUACCUCUGAACGGAUUAAGCAACUCGGGCGGCAAUUCUCCAGGCAGGCAAACAAGGCUGAUGCUCAGCUAGGGCCCCUCAUCAAAGAAUUCAAACUGAUCCUAACCGCACUGGGGUUUAUUCGGCGAACUGUUGAGUCCAGAUGGUUUGGUCACCCGAUUAUCACACUGCCUCCGGACGAAAGAAUCGAUGUGAAAUGCCCCGUCCCAGAUCGAUACCUUGAUGAGAUCAGACCGAUGGAUUCCGCGGUUUCCAGUGAACUGGAUAGGAUCCGAGCCGCCGCACAACAGGCUCGGGAGGCGGGCAGGAAGUACAAAGGCGAACUCACUGGGGCAGGCAAACGGAAGUUCACACAGCUCCGAAUCCUCACCAGCUUCCCAGGACUUGUGGAUCUUGCUCCCCAGGUAGGUGGUCUCGACAAACUACCAUACUCUGGGGCCGAUCUUGGCAGAUGGCUUGAGACCCCGGGGGAGUGCGAAAUCGCGAAGAACCUAGACAUGGUUACGAAAGGGUCGUCCAAGUUUCAAUAUCUGUGUGAUAUGAUUAACGAGGGCCGCACUGACUGGAAGGGCCGACCGGAGAAGUUCUUGGUUAUGACCAAGCAUCCUGUGACGGUAUAUAUCUUAAGCCUGGCCUUGGCAGAUGCGUUUCCUGAUCAUCACGUGAAGGCCUUAUGGGCGACCGACAAGGAUCGCCAGAGCUGGGUGGAUGCCUUCCAGAAUUUCGACACCGGAGCCAAAGCCGAUGAGGAUAACCCGGAUAUUCGAAGUCCGGGCAUCCUUGUGUCCACCACCGGGGUCAUCGGGACUGGGUAUACCUGUACUCGUGCCUUCCGGGCCGUCCUCUUCGAGCCCGACUAUCUGGAAGGUGUCGAAGACCAGGCGUUUGCACGAAUUCGCCGAUUGGGCCAGGACAACCACAAGACGACCUGCAUCCGCUUCGUCGUGCCAAAUAUGCAAUACGAACAGCGAAUCUUCACACGGCAAGGCAAUCGCCGGCAACUGAAGGCGGCAUCUGAGUAUGGCGGCACACUUAAGGCGCGGAGUAUCACUACGGAUGAGCUCUUCAUGGAAUUCCAGGCCCUAAAUGGCCGCAUUAACUGGGAGACCAUUCAAAACCUGGCGCUUGAGCUUAAGAUCAGGAACAUCGUCGAAGCCAUUAAGAUCCACAGGCGUUUCAAGGCCGAUGAUCUGAAAUUCCGAAGCACCAAUUCUCAUAUCCAUAUCUACAUGGAUAUUGACCCUGCCAGCAAAGCGUAUCUGUCCAAUACCGAAAUUGCAGUAACCAGUGCUGAUCCUUUUCUCCGCCUGAAGCAUCUCAAGCGUAUGCUUCCGGAUAUACAGGUGCUUGGUCACCCGCAAGCAAGCCGCGCCAUCAUCCGGAACGACGAUACCUCCAGCACCAAUACACUCCUUGUCGAAGGCUAUGGGCUCAAGGAGUGCAUGACCACGCUCGGUGUCAAUGGUCUCCGCACUUCUACCAACAACGUCAUGGAGAUGCGUGACGUUCUUAAUAUCGAAGCGGCCCGAGUCACAAUCGUCCAAGAAAUCAGCGAGGUCAUGAAGGACAUGGGCAUUGACCCUCGUCAUAUGCAACUUCUUGCUGAUGUUAUGACGUACAAGGGCGAGGUCCUAGGUAUCACCCGAUUCGGUCUUGCGAAAAUGCGUGACUCCGUUCUACAGCUCGCUUCCUUCGAAAAGACUGCGGACCAUCUCUUUGACGCUGGCGGUGCUGGUCGUACCGAUCUUAUCGAAGGUGUCUCCGAAUGCAUCAUUAUGGGUAAGACCGUUAGUCUAGGUACUGGCGCCAUGGAGGUCGUGCGUAAAAUGAACUUCUUUGAGAGCCGGAUUGUUCGGAAUAGCGAGUUUGAGGAAGAUGGGAGGGAUGAGAGAGAUAGAGAGAUGAACAGGAUAAAGUAG